UUCCGUUUCAAAAAAAAAAAAAAAAAAAAGAUAAAAAAAUAAAAGACAGAAAAAUUCCAGUAUCUCACCCUACCCGAACUCAUUUUCUCUCUUCUCUUCUUCUCAAUCUCUUCUUUCCAUGGCUACGGUCUCGAAUCAAACUGUUUCACCACAGAAACUUCAGGGCGAUGAUAAAGAUAAUAGCAAUAUCUUUCAGUUGAUUCGCUCUCAACAGUUAGGAAAAAUUUGCUCCGUUACGUCCUGUUGAGGAGAUUCGUACGGUUAUUGACUGUAUUUGCUUCGAUCGCCACUCCUCAGUCUCAAACCACGACCACCAAUUCAACCUGCUUUUCUUUUGUAUGUUUAUUCUCUGCUUUACUUCUGUGUAUUUUAUUCUCUGCUUUACAUUUGUGUAAUUAUUCUCUUAUUCCAUCAAUUUAGAGGUUAAAAAACUCUUUGAGAUCUGAUCUUUCACUUGUUAUUUUCAAUAUCUGAUCGAAAAUUCAGAUGUUUGUUUUGAGCAAAAACUGUAGCAUUAGGAAUUUCAUUUCGAGUGUUGCCGACUCCAUUGAAUUCAUGCCUCCAGAUUCUAAUAAAAUUUUGAAAUACUGUGCGAUUCCUCACAGUGACUGACAGCCGCAUCUCUCUCUCUCUCUCUCUCUCUCUCUCUCUCUCUCUCUCUCUCUCUCUCUCUCUCUCUCUCUCUCUCUCUCUCUCUUGUCGCCAACCGAAUAUGUCUCAGAGCCGCCGCUAUCCACAGAUCCGUACUCCUCCGGAUAUGGCGUAAGUGUUUGGUUGGUAACUUGGGUUAGAAUGUCUUUCAUUUUGCUAUAGGGUAAGUCAUAAUAUGUGGCUUCGAGUAGUUUUUUAUACCACUGCUGUGUGUUUUAUUGUUAAACAUCACAGUUCUUGUCUUUUGAUGUGGUUAAACAUCAAAGCUAUCAAAGCUCUAGAGGGAGGCUCUUUGUGAAUAUAGAUUUUAAUUCUUACUAUUUUAGAAUAUGCUGAUAUGGAAUAAACUGCUUAUUGUUUCAUGAUUUUAAUUCUUCAUCUUUAGCAAAAUAGAUAAUUAAGUUUUGUAGAUAAGCUGUAAUAAAUUCCGUUUAUAUGAUUUAGUUUUCCAAAGUUUCUUCCCAUAUGAUCCUUAGUUAUGCUUCCUAUUUUGAAAUCAUAGACAUAACUAGCAUUUUGGAAUUACUAUGGAUUUGAAUACUUGAAUCUUUACAAUUGUGAAUUUUUCAUUUGAGAUUUGUCAUCUUUGUUAUUUAUCAUAUGAUGUUGUGAACAAUUCUAAUCAAACAUUUCAUUUGUCAUGAAUAGAGGUUUAGGAUUUCAAUUUAUUUAUUGUGCAUUUGCUGUGUCAAUUUGAAUGUAUAGUUUCUUUACUUGCUCCCUUUGGCUACUGCAUUCUGUACCGAAGUUUUUCCCACUUGAAAUGCAUUUGCUACUUUUAAAAAAUAGUUCUGUCUUCCAACUCAAAGGUACAUUUGUUUCUUUGUUGACUGUUUGAAUUUUUAGUGAUAAUAGUUUCAAUUUAUAAGUUGAUAUAUAUCUAUAUAUAUUUCCUGCAUCUGUAUAAAUGUAUAGUUUCAAUUCUAUAAUUUUCUUUGUAUUUUUCUCACUAGUAAUAUAUAACUACUUACAUUUGAGGCAUUUAUAUAAUUAGUUCCCAUAACUCACAUACUUACACAAAAGUUCUGUGUUUUUUUUUUCUUUUUCCUUUUUUUUUCUUUGUUUUUUUUCCUUGGGUUCCUCUGCUUCUCCUUGUCCUUCUUCUCUGAAUCAGUUUGGUCUUUGGGCAUCACAACCAGUGACUGUUUUAGUCUCUUUGGCCACUGUUGCAGUGGCUUUGACCCAAGAAGAUGCUAGAAGUGGAGGGUGGAGUUUUGAAAAUUGCCUAUUGCAGAAAGAGGCGAGAAGUGACAUUCAAUUUGUUUGUUGGGAAUUUGUCAUAUGAUGCUACAGAUAAAGAUCUCAAAGAGUUCUUCAACAAUGAGGGCCAUAGCGUAGUGUCUACUGAAGUUAUAUUCCACGAAACUAUACAAAAUUCCUUGGUAUAUGGAUAUGUAUCCUUCAAAUCAAAGAAAGAAUCUGAGGCAGCUCUAAUCUCUGUUCAAGGAAAGGCGUUUAUGGGAAGAUCAAUUCGAAUAGAACACAGUAAUUAUUUUAUUAGAAACAAACAACCAGCUACGGAGAGUGUAGAGUCCGAACUUACUUCUCCGGAGUUGAAGUCUGGUGUAAAAGAAGCAUAAAUUGCUGAUUUAAGUAUAUCAUGUGAGAUUUUGCUCAAAAGUGACAUCAGGUAAUCUUUUGCCCUGUUAUUAGUUUAUUGUGAAUCUUACUUAAAAGUGUUUCUAAUCUCUGUUAUUAGUUGAAAGAGAAGAACUGAUGGCCACUGAUUAUGCAUGAGAGGUAACUGAGUUAUAAAUAAAUUCUUAAUUAUUGAGGUAAUAGUUUGCUCACAUUUUGUGCAGUGAUUUCUACUAAAGAACAUGACACAAGAUUGUUGCAAAAACUGUCAAGCAAGUUAGGAGCUUGGGUCUCUUGGAGAUGAUGAUUUAGUUUUAGGAGAUACAUGUGUUUUUUUUUUUUCAUAUACUACCAUGGUUGUAAGUAUGUAAUUGUAUUCUUUAUUACUCUGAAUAAAACUAUAUUUAUUGUUAUAAUUA